UUCAUUUUCAACACCAGGCAUUAGAAGAGACUGACUACCUCUCGCACUAGCCAUGCCUCCCAAAUUCGAUCCCAAUGAGGUGAAGGUCAUCCACCUUCGUGCGACUGGUGGUGAGGUCGGUGCCUCGUCCGCUCUCGCUCCCAAGAUCGGUCCUCUCGGUCUCUCGCCCAAGAAGGUCGGAGAAGAUAUCGCCAAAGCCACUGGCGACUGGAAGGGCCUGCGUGUCACGGUCAAGUUGACCAUCCAGAACCGUCAGGCCGCCGUCUCCGUCGUCCCCUCCGCGUCGUCCCUUGUCAUCAAGGCCCUCAAGGAGCCUCCCCGGGACCGCAAGAAGGAGAAGAACAUCAAGCACACCAAGAGCAUCCCGCUUGAUGAGAUCAUCAACAUUGCGCGCACCAUGAGGUUCAAGUCCAUGGCCAAGGAUCUCAAGGGCACCGUCAAGGAGAUCCUCGGCACCGCUUUCAGCACAGGCUGCCAGGUCGACGGCCGCUCGCCCAAGGCUGUCUCGGACGACAUUGAGUCUGGCGAGAUUGAGAUCCCGGAAGAGUAAAUAUUCGCGUGGAUCCAGUUAUGAUGAAAAAUGGCUGGGGUUAUGCAUGGAAUCUGGGACGAGUUGGCUUACGGCGCUCAUGGAUUUCGUUUAGAUGCCUUCCAUACGUGCUGGCAGAAAUGCACAGUCGGCGUUUAGGUUGUCGGACUCAUGAAACUGCUCCCCACUGGGGCUCUACGUAUGCAAUAGGAUCCCUUCCAUGGCUCCGGCGACGUG